AUGCUUCAAGCGUCACUACUCACGUCAUCUGAAGUUGAAAAGUUACUACAAUGUAAUUGGACACUACAUGAAAAGUUGGAACAUGUCUUACAAAGGUUGCGUAUUCUAUAUGCAUCAGAAGGACCGAAAGGCUUCAAAAAGUUCUUUGAAGAUUCCUCAAGCAAAGGCAAAUCUACUGAGAAGAGCAGCAGUGAACCGGCUAAUGCAAAUAAAAAAGCAAGUUCCGAAGGUGGUGGUUCAAGUGGUGGCGGAUCGGGUGGAGGUUCUUUUAAUUUACCCACCAAUUGGCAACAAAUAGUGGUAAGUGUGGUGGCGAUGUUGGGAAUAUAUAUGCUGCUCGAGUACACUUCAUAUAAGGAGAUAUCAUGGAAAGAAUUCUUCUCGAACUUCUUGGAGAAAGGCAUUGUUGAAAGACUAGAAGUCGUUGACAAACGUUGGGUGACUCAUUAUUUCAAUAUCGGAAGCGUUGAUAGUUUCGAACGAUCUCUAGCUGCAGCACAACAUCAUUUGGGUAUUGAUGCCGAAAAACAGAUUCCUGUUUUGUACAAAUCUGAAUUUGAUCUCAAACGAGAACUACCUACAAUAAUAAGUACAGCGGUGCCGUUAUUGUUCGCUUACUGGAUAUUCCGAACAAUGUUUCGCGGAGGAGGCGCUUCAGGUGCGGCUGGGCGUGGAGGUGCAGGUGGAUUGGGUGGUAUGUUCGGAGGAUUCGGACAAAGCACAGCCAGACUGAUAAAUAAGGACGAUAUCAAAGUGGCAUUUAAGGACGUUGCCGGAUGUGAAGAAGCAAAAAUCGAAAUCAUGGAAUUUGUUAACUUCCUCAAAAAUCCACAGCAAUACAAAAAUCUUGGUGCAAAAAUUCCGAAGGGUGCGAUACUGACUGGUCCACCAGGAACUGGUAAAACUUUGCUGGCAAAAGCAACGGCUGGCGAAGCGAACGUUCCAUUCAUCACCGUAAGUGGUUCAGAAUUUCUGGAGAUGUUCGUGGGUGUUGGUCCGGCGCGUGUUCGGGAUAUGUUCGCAAUGGCACGAAAGAACUCACCUUGUAUUCUUUUCAUAGAUGAAAUCGAUGCGGUCGGUCGUAAGAGAGGUGCCAAAGGUGGAAUGGGAGGUCAUUCAGAACAAGAGAAUACGCUGAAUCAAUUGCUUGUUGAGAUGGAUGGUUUCACAACUGAUGAAUCGUCAGUUAUCGUAGUAGCAGCCACAAAUAGGGUCGACAUUCUUGAUCCGGCCUUGCUUCGACCCGGUCGUUUCGAUCGGCAAAUCUACGUACCUGUUCCUGAUAUCAAAGGACGGGCCUCCAUAUUCCGUGUUCAUUUGAAUCCACUAAAAACAAGCCUCAACAAAACGGAGCUAUCCAGAAAACUCGCCGCGCUCACGCCUGGCUUCUCAGGAGCCGAUAUAGCAAAUAUUUGUAAUGAAGCUGCGCUUGUUGCGGCACGUGAUGCAGGUGAAGAGAUCACUUUGAAAAAUUUUGAGCAGGCCAUCGAACGGGUGGUUGCUGGUAUGGAAAAGAAAAGUCAAGUAUUACAACCGGAAGAAAAGAAAACUGUUGCAUACCACGAAGCAGGACAUGCUGUCGCUGGAUGGUUUCUUCAAUUUGCUGAUCCUCUACUCAAGGUUUCAAUAAUCCCACGCGGUAAGGGACUAGGAUAUGCGCAAUAUUUGCCGAAAGAGCAGUAUCUGUAUUCGAAAGAACAGCUUCUAGACCGAAUGUGUAUGACGUUAGGUGGUCGUGUCUCAGAAGAGAUCUUCUUCGGACGUAUUACAACUGGUGCUCAAGACGAUCUCAUGAAGAUUACGCAAAUGGCGUAUGCACAGGUGGUCAAGUUUGGAAUGAGUCGCAAAAUCGGACCAUUAUCAUUUCAAACGGCCGGACCUGGUGAGAUGUCAUUCGAUAAGCCAUAUUCAGAAGCAACUGCGCAGCUAAUCGAUCAAGAGGUGCGGGAGUUGGUGAAUUCGGCAUUGACAAGAACAAGGGAGCUAUUGCUGUCGAAACAGCCAGAUAUUGAAAAGGUUGCACAACGAUUGUUAGAAAAGGAGAUCUUGGCACGAGAAGAUAUGAUUGAAUUGUUGGGCCCACGCCCGUUUGCCGAGAAACAUACAUAUGAGGAGUUCGUCGAGGGAACUGGUGGCAUUGAUGAAGAUACUACAUUGCCUAAGGGUCUGGAAUCGUGGAAUAAACCUAAGGAUGAAAAGAAGUCGACCAAGGAGGACGUCGAUAGUCAGCUGACUUCGAGUACGCAAAAGAAGUCACCUAAAGAGGGUGCAUAA